AUGGCAUCAACAAAGCCAAAUGUGAUUUUUGUUUUAGGUGGACCUGGAGCUGGCAAAGGCACACAAUGUGCUCGUAUUGCUGAGAAAUAUGGUUAUGUUCAUUUAUCGGCUGGUGAUCUCCUUCGAGAAGAAGCAGCCAAACCUGAUUCAGCUUUAGGUAAAGAAAUCAAUGAACAUAUCAAGAAUGGUUCAAUUGUACCUGUUGCAGUAACUUGUAAACUACUUGAAAAUGCUAUGACAAAAAAUGGUAAAGAAAACUUUUUAAUUGAUGGAUUUCCUCGUAAUAAAGAUAAUGUUGACGGAUGGAAACAAGCUAUGGAUGGCAAAGCUAAUAUACAAUGUGUACUCUUUUUUGAUUGUGAUGAAAAGACUUGUGUUGCACGUUGUCUUGAACGUGGUAAAGGAAGUGGACGUACCGAUGAUAACGAAGAAAGUUUAAAGAAACGUAUUGUAACAUACAAUGAUUCAACACGACCGGUAAUUCAACUCUACGAAAAAGAGAAUCUAGUUAAACAUAUUGAUGCUUCUAAUGAAGUUGAUAAGGUUUUUCAAGAUGUUCAAACGAAACUAGGAGAGUUUGUAAAACAUGCGUUGAAAGGUGCCAUUUUUGCUCUUCCAUUUCUAACUACUUUUAUGGAUAGAAUAACCACAUUAUCACUUGUUGAUGGAAUAUCCAUGCAGCCUAUUCUAAAUCCUACUGGUUUGAAUAGUGAUUGGAUAUUAAUAAAACGAUGGCAUAUCGAUGACUACUGUUUACAAAAAAAUGAUAUUAUAUCGUUUGAAUCUCCUCGUGAACCAGGUGUAUUUAUGAUUAAACGUGUUAAAGCAUUAGAGAAUGAAAUAAUCUAUGAUACAAAAAAACAAAGAGAAACACGAGUAUCAAAAGGACAUGUAUGGGUCGAAGGUGAUAAUAAACGUGCAAGUUAUGACAGUCGUCAUUUUGGUUGUAUUGCUCGAGGAUUAGUUACUGGACGAGCAUUAUGCGUACUUUGGCCACCGAAACGUUUUGGAACUAAGUUAACAAUAAUCGACGACGAUGAUGAUGAUGACUGA